AUGAGCGGAGAUGGACCAUACGGACCCGUUGUCAACGGCACUCAGAUCGUUUUUUUCGAAUACCUGCCCAACAAACCUGCCGCCAUCUCCUUCGUUGUACUCUUCGGCAUUGCCACUUUAGCCCACCUGGUAUGCCUCUUUAUCUUUCGAGCCUGGUUCUUCAUUCCAUUCAUCCUUGGUGGUAUCUGUGAGAUAUUUGGUUACUUCGGUCGAGUCCAAACCCACGAUACUCCCGAUAAAGCAGGUCCCUUUAUCCUGCAGAACGUCCUUCUCCUCGCCGGAACACCUUUCCUAGCCGCGACGAUCUACAUGAGUCUUCGGCGUGUUGCCACCGCGCUUGAUUCGCAACAUCUUUCGUUCAUAAGUCUUCGAUGGUUAACGAAACUAUACGUCCUCAUUGACAUUGCAUGCAUUGUCAGCCAGUUCAUAGGGGCCAUCAUACCGGCUUCAGGCGAACCAGAUGCCAUCACUAAAGGCCGAACUAUUCUUAUUGCUGGUCUGAUAGUUCAACUCUGCGCCUUGAGCAUCUUCAUUCUCACGUCACUGUACCUAUACAUACGCAUAAGACAAGAGACCGGGCCGUUCUUGGACUCGUCCCUGGUACGGUGGCGGCGAUACUUUAGGACUAUAGAGGCUGUAACGGUCAUCAUGAUCAUUCGCAGUAUUGUUCGUGCAGUCGAGUAUCUUCAAGGACAAGGGGGGUUCGUCAUAUCUCACGAAGUCUUCAUAUACCUCUUUGACGCCUUACUCAUGUUCCUGGUCAUGCUCUUGUUUUUGAUCGUUCAUCCAGGACGGCUGGUCAAGAAUGGUACAGGGAUGAAGUGGAGGGGACAGACGCAAAUCCAUGAGGCGGCUGAGGAUAUCAUGCAUUUACGGGAGUAUCGCGCUUAG